AUGCAUGCUACCCAACCCAAGAGCUUUCGGACUUACAAAGGUUUCCUCUAUCAUCCCAAUUCCUUAUCUGCUUUCCCUCUUUUCUUUCGCUACUACGAAGUCGAUCCCCAGAGACCUUCCAAUUCCUCUCCGAUCUACAUACAAUCGCCGACUGCCUUUCUCCUCGCCAGUGACACCGUCGCCUCCGUCCAAUCCAGCGACGCCGCCUCGCCAUUGCUGAUUGGCGUGUUUUAUUCCUUGUUUUUCCACAACUCAGGCUUGACCGCCCCCGUCUGUGACUUGUACAGCUCCAUCGCCGGCGCACAGCCCCGUCGCCGUCGCACAGCCUCGUUGCUGUCGCACAGCCCCGUCGCCGCCACACAACCUUCCUUUGACAGUUCCAUCUCCACGCGACAUUGAAGUAUCACAUAUGAGUUGUCUUCGACUUGUGGACGGUAUUCCCCUUUUCAAUUUCAUUACAUUUGUUUGUUUUCAAUUUUAGGGUUCUUCUAUUUCCUUGAAUGGUCAUAUUCCGAGAUCUUUUAGUCAAUUCUUCAAUGAAAAGCUCACAUGCUUUUGAAAACACAAGUCUCUUGAAAUCAUCUGCAUGUCUACACUUGAUUUCUUUAUAAUCUUCUUGAUUCUUGCUAAUGGAAACAAAUGGGGCCUCCUGAUAAAAUCCCAGAAUAUACACCAGCUUGCCUCAUCUCAAACAAAAUGGCUCAAUGGUAAAUACGAAAUAAGAUCUUGUUUUGAUGAAUCAAUAGAGAUGAUUAUCUAAAUUAUGAUUUAUAUGCAGGUCUUGUGUAAAUUAUGAUUUAUGAGGUGUUUUUUAGCUAUAAUUUCAGUGAUAAGCAUGCUGUUAUGUGACUUGACUGAUUUUUAGCUAUAAUUUAUGUGAUAAGCAUGCUGACUUGUGUAAAUUAUGAUUUAUGAGGUUGUUUUUAGCUAUAAUUAUGAUUCAUACAUUCAUAUAGUUGAUGAGUUCUGAUAUCUGUGAUAACCAAGCUUGUUUCUGAUUUUUGUGCAUACAUUGACAAUAUUGUUCCUGAUUUUUAAUUUUUGGUGUGAAUUUAUUAUCUCUGGUCUGUGUUUUUUGAAAUCCGGUUUGUUUCCUGCAUCCUAUUUUUAUUUUAUCCAUUACUAGCAUUAUACUUUGGAAAUCUAUCCAACAAGAUAAUUUUACAUAAAACAUUGUUGGAAGGUGAAGAGAUGAAAGUAUAAUGUUGUAAUAAAAAAGUACAUUGCUGUAUUUAACUGUAUAAAUAUGAUUGUGGGUUUAUUUUUCAAUGAACAUUGUAUUUUUUUCACCAUUUGGAUGUUUCCCCAUAAAUAAAUUUGCUCCUAUUGUGGUUUAAAAUUUGACAACAUUUACUAAUUAUAUGUGUUUGACUAACCAUUUUUCUAGGUGUGGGUGUUGCAAGGCAACAAGACAAACACAACUUGAGAAACAAUUCGCGACUUUUAUGUGAGAAUUCAUUAACCACCCGGUAAUCCACCAAAUGAUUCUCAUUUUUUAUGUGUUAAACACUUAGUAGUUGACACUUUGAAUGUAUAGAU